AUGACUGUCCGGUCCGCAUCGAAUUCCCUUCAAAAGGAGCUCACAAGGCAAUUGAUUGCCGUCCUUCGCCUCGGACCUUAUAUCGCCUUUCAGCAGGCUUCAUUCAGCUGUGCGGUACUAGGCUUCUACGAGGGUUCCGUGAUAGCUGACACGCAACUCAAUGUGACCUUCAAUACGGAAGUCGUAGACACCACUAAUACCUCAGCAGGCGAUUUCAUCCAGCAGGUGUCAGAAGGGAUGCAGGCAAAUUCUACAAACGGAACCAGUCCAAUGCCGCAGUUUGUAUAUUCCACGUUGAACGUUACAGCAACUGUUACUACUGCUACUACCGACAAAAUGACAACCACGACAGAAGCCAGCACGACAUGGCAGUCAUCAAUCGCUGCGGUUAUAACUCCCACCGGCGUCCCCAGUUCGUAUGCAAGCAGUACGGAGAAGACGAUGACUACCAUGACAGAGGAGGAGGAGGAGGAGGAGGAGGCGAGCGAGGAGGAGGAGGAGGAGGAGGAGGAGGCGAGCGCCACCUCGGUUCCAUUUGCAACCACCAGCACUCCUACCCGCCCUGUCACCUCCGAUACCACGACAGAUAUUUUUACUAGUUCUGACGAGAUGACGACUAGUCCGAUGACAGAUGCAAGCAGCACCACGGCAUAUGAACAGACUUCAACCGCUACUACUGCAGCUACGUCUGCCAAUACGCCUAUCACCUCAAUUGGCGUCCAUAGUUCGUAUUCAACCACUACGGAGACGACGACUACGAUGACAGAGGAUAAGGCGAGCGCCACCUCGGUUCCAUAUGCAACCACCAGCACUCCUGCCCGCCCUGUCACCGCAGAUACCACGACAGAUAUUGCAAUUGGUGAUGACAACAUCACGACGAUUAUAAUAACUACUAAUACAAAGACCAUGACCACUACUGUGACCACAGCAAUGACUGUAACACCCGCGGCUACGUCUGACGCUACGCCUAUCAUUUCCGCUGCCGACCCUAGUUCAUAUGCAAGCAUUACGGCAGAGAUGACUACCAUGACCGAGGAGGCCAGCGCCAUCUGGCAACCAUCUGCUACCACCAGCACGCCUUCACUCCAUGUUUCCUCCGAUACUACUACCACAGCUACAACUCCUGCUGUUAGUACUGACGAGAUGACCACUACUAUUAUGACCGAUGCAAGCAGCACC